CGAAAUUUUGCACUUCCGGUUCUCGGGGAGGCGGCUGUAUGUUUCUUUUCCUAGCCGGAGCGACCUAAAGGGCACCAGGACACACGAGUGGGGGGAUUUUACUCCGUUAUUACCCUCUUAUUGCAGUUAAAACCCGCGGGUGGGAAUAAAUCUGACUGCACCGGAUACAAGUCUGGACAGAAAAUCUGACGAAUCUCACUGUGGACUUGGAAGAAGAAAUCGGUGUCUGGGUCUUCAGAAACAUCUCAUCUUCUGGUUUGGGGACUCGGGGGAGGUGACUUGGUGGUGGUGUUCUUCUCUCUUCUGGAGCGAGCACUGUUGUGUUUGAGCGAAAGCACUUUUUUUUUUAUCGGACUGCGAUGCACCGCUUAAGGACUUGUGCGGCGCGGCUUCGGCCGAUCACGGCCUCACAGACUGCUAAGACUGUCACACAUCAGAGGCCCGUGGCCACACUCAGGACGUUUCAGCCAAUCAGGCGCUACAUCGCGCCGGUGGCCGCCGAGCCGUUUCUAAACGGCACGAGCUCGAACUAUGUGGAGGAAAUGUACUACGCCUGGCUGGAGAACCCCAAGAGCGUGCACAAGUCUUGGGACAUUUUCUUCAGGAACGCUAACGCCGGUGCUCCCCCGGGCACCGCCUACCAGAGUCCUCCUCCACUGGGCAUGAGCCUGUCCGAGCUGACGCAGGUUCAGUCUUUGGUUGGUGCUCAGCCCAACGUGGAGAAGCUGGUGGAGGAUCAUCUCGCUGUGCAGUCACUCAUCAGAGCUUAUCAGAUCCGGGGUCACCAUGUCGCUCAGCUGGACCCUCUGGGGAUUAUGGACGCCGAUCUGGACUCGUGCGUCCCCACCGACAUUAUUACGUCUUCGGAUAAACUCGGAUUCUACGGAUUGGAGGAGUCCGAUCUGGAUAAAGUGUUCCGCCUGCCCACCACUACCUUCAUCGGGGGCACGGAGAGUGCUCUACCUCUGCGCGAGAUCAUCCGCCGCCUGGAGAUGGCAUAUUGCCAGCACAUAGGAGUGGAGUUCAUGUUCAUUAACGACCUGGAGCAGUGUCAGUGGAUCCGGGAGAAGUUUGAGACUCCUGGAGUCCUGCAGUUCAGCCUGGAGGAGAAACGCAGGCUGCUGGCUCGCAUGGUCCGCUCUACCAGGUUUGAAGAGUUUCUCCAGAGGAAGUGGUCCUCAGAGAAGCGUUUUGGCCUGGAGGGCUGCGAGAGCCUCAUCCCCGCCCUGAAAACCAUCAUCGACAGAUCCAGCGAGUCCGGCGUGGAGAACGUCAUAAUGGGAAUGCCGCACAGGGGACGACUGAACGUGCUGGCCAAUGUGAUCAGGAAGGAGCUGGAGCAGAUCUUCUGCCAAUUUGACUCCAAGCUGGAAGCUGCUGAUGAGGGUUCUGGAGAUGUGAAGUACCACUUGGGCAUGUACCACAGGAGGAUAAACCGUGUCACUGAACGGAACAUCACACUGUCCCUAGUGGCCAACCCGUCUCACCUGGAGGCUGUGAACCCAGUGGUGCAGGGCAAAACCAAGGCCGAGCAGUUUUACUGCGGAGACACAGAUGGCAACCGGGUUAUGUCCAUUCUGCUCCAUGGCGAUGCCGCGUUCGCCGGCCAGGGCAUCGUCUACGAAACCUUUCAUCUGAGCGACUUGCCGUCUUACACCACACACGGCACGGUGCACGUGGUAGUCAACAACCAGAUUGGUUUCACCACUGAUCCCCGAAUGGCUCGAUCGUCUCCGUACCCCACCGAUGUGGCGCGCGUGGUGAACGCCCCCAUCUUCCACGUGAAUGCGGACGACCCCGAGGCAGUCAUGUACGUGUGCAACGUUGCCGCUGAUUGGAGAGCCACCUUUCACAAAGACGUUGUGGUCGACCUGGUGUGUUAUCGGCGUAAUGGCCAUAACGAGAUGGAUGAGCCCAUGUUCACGCAGCCUCUGAUGUACAAGCAAAUCAAGAAACAGAAGCCGGUGCUACAAAAAUACGCAGAGAAACUCAUUGCCGAGGGAGUCGUCACACUCCAAGAGUAUGAGGAGGAAAUCGCCAAAUAUGACAAGAUCUGUGAGGAGGCUCACGCUCGCUCUAAGGAUGAGAAAAUCCUCCACAUCAAGCACUGGCUGGAUUCCCCUUGGCCUGGUUUUUUCACACUGGAUGGUCAGCCCAAAAGCAUGACCUGUCCUUCUACAGGGUUGAGUGAGGAGGAGCUUACACACAUCGGACAAGUGGCAUCAUCGGUCCCUGUGGAAGACUUCACCAUUCACGGGGGUCUGAGUCGGAUCCUAAAGGGUCGUGGUGAGAUGAUCCGGAACCGGAUUGUGGACUGGGCUCUGGGAGAGUACAUGGCCUUUGGUUCUCUUCUUAAAGAAGGCAUCCACGUGCGUCUCAGUGGCCAGGACGUGGAGAGAGGAACCUUCAGUCAUCGUCACCACGUCCUUCACGAUCAGAACGUGGAUAAGAGGACGUGUAUCCCUAUGAACCACGUGGCCCCAAACCAGGCUCCCUACACUGUGUGCAACAGCUCACUGUCUGAGUAUGGAGUGCUGGGUUUCGAGUUGGGAUUUGCCAUGGCCAGUCCGAACGCUCUGGUUUUGUGGGAAGCCCAGUUUGGAGAUUUCCACAACACUGCCCAGUGCAUUAUCGACCAGUUUAUCUGCCCCGGACAGGCAAAGUGGGUCCGUCAGAACGGAAUAGUCCUGCUGCUGCCGCACGGCAUGGAGGGCAUGGGUCCUGAGCACUCAUCAGCUCGCCCCGAGCGUUUCCUGCAAAUGUGCAACGACGAUCCAGAUGUUUUCCCAAAAAUCACUGAUGACUUCGCGGUGCGUCAGCUGUAUGACUGUAACUGGAUCGUGGUGAACUGCUCCACUCCUGCCAACUACUUCCACGUGAUGAGGAGGCAAAUCCUGCAACCCUUCAGGAAGCCUCUCAUCAUUUUCACUCCCAAAUCUCUACUGCGCCACCCAGAGGCCAAGUCAAGCUUUGACCUGAUGCUGCCUGGCACACAUUUCCAGCGUGUGAUCCCAGAUGAAGGUCCUGCAGCCCAGAACCCUGCUGCAGUGAAGCGUCUGAUCUUCUGCACAGGGAAAGUUUACUACGAGCUCACACGUGAGCGCAAGAACCGUGACCUGGAGGACAGUGUGGCCAUCGCACGUAUUGAGCAGCUCUCUCCGUUCCCCUUCGACCUGGUCAAGGCCGAGACGGAGAAAUACCACAACGCCGACCUGGUGUGGUGUCAGGAGGAGCAUAAGAACCAGGGAUACUACGACUACGUUAAGCCUCGCAUGCGCACCACUAUCAGCCGCGCUAAGCCUGUCUGGUAUGCCGGCCGUGACCCUGCCGCUGCUCCAGCCACCGGCAGCAAGAACUCCCAUCUCCUGGAGCUGAAGCGCUUUCUGGACACUAGCUUCAACAUGGAUGCCUUCAAAGAUCGUGUCUAAUCACGCAAUCAGACAAAACGCUUGGGUUAUGUCGCCUUCUCCAAAAAAAAAACCAGAAAAAAAAAGGCAUUUGGUCAUUAUAGCAACAAACACUGCUUUCUCGAUCUCAUACAUCAUACACACCUGCUGUCACUGUGUCACCCAAACAUACAUUAGCAGCAAAAAGGUAGUUCCUAAAUGCACUGAGCGCUUCUUUCUUACACACACAUACACACACACACACACACACCCUGUUAUUUCCAUUCUGAAUUUCUUGCUUAGCUUAAAUUUGUUUUGAAGUGUAACAAGGGCACAAGAGUAUAUGAUACAUCUGACCCUGGUGUAACGGUUAUGGGGAACGAACGCACAGCUUAUGACUGAUUUCAGAUUAAAAAAUAUAUAUAUUUGUGGCGGUGGUUCACGCCCCCUUGUGGCUUUUAUUAUUUUUUUCCCUUCAGCUUUUAUACAAGACUUGGCAAAAGCGGUAAGCGUGUGGAAGUCAGGAAGGAAAGCUUGUGUGCGUCAUGUGCGCCCACAUCGAUUUUAAAGGAGAACUAAGUGUUCAUGCGAUCAGACAGGAUAAUCCAGUAUCGGCUCUGUGUAUCUCUAUGACCUCCAUGUUCCUGUAUAAAGUGCUCUUUUGCUGCUUUUGUGUUUGCGUCAAGCUACUGACAUCCAAACGUAUAUAUACACACACACAUAUAUUCCCCCAUUUUGAAAGGCUUCAAGUAGUAUUUUAUUUCCUCCUUCUUUGGUUUUUAUUUCUGCUUUAACGCUCAGCACACACACACACACACAGCUCGUCUGAAUGUGGUUUCCUUCUGUGACGUUGCACAACAAACCGGACACGUUUCCUGACUGUUCUUUUUAAGUUGUAUGAUUGUAUUUAUAUGAAAAUGUCCGCACAAAACAACAGGGAGGCUCAUGACCGGCGAUUUUAUAUAUACGUAUAUAUAAAAUCUCGUUUGAGCGUGUUCCCUCAGGUGCGUACACUAAGACCCCUGAAAGUCUCAUCUCACGACAAACUACACUUUAUCUGCUCCUCUUCUGCCAGUCCAUGUGCCAAAAAAUUAAAACUUCCCAAAACUUAAAUCUCCUGAUGUCUUGAUAGGCCUGGCUGAUGAGCUCCGGGUGAAACCCCAGUGUUAGCGUAGGAUGGUUCUGAAAGAAAAAGCACGAUGGUCUUUCGAGGAAGCAGAUGAUUUUUAUUUAUUUUUAUUUUUGGAAAAAUUGAGAUUCAUGUCCUUGUUUGUCUUCAUUUAAUAAACACAUUAUCUUCUCAUA